AUGAGGACAUGCACUGCUGUGGCUGCUACUUCAUCCUCAUCUGUGUUGUUUGUGGAGCUUGCUGGCUCUGCAAGCCAUUCUUCCGUUUGUGAUGUGAACAACGUGGUUGGAUCUGCACACAGGCAGCAACUUGAGAAGCAAACCAAGGACUUGUUCCUUACCUUCCAUUGCUUUUGUACCCGCAAAGAUAUACAGUGUCUUGAUGUCAUACUUGAAGAUACAGAUAUAGUGAAAGCAUUAUUAGAGUAUGUUACUUAUACUGCCAUCGAGAACUUGGUUCUUGGUGCCUCAUCAAGACAUGGCUUUAUCAGAAGAUUCAAGAUUUCAGACAUUCCAAGCAAUGUAUCAAAAGGGGCACCAGAUUUCUGUACUGUUUAUGUCAUCUCUAAAGGAAAGAUCUCUUCUGUGCGAAAUGCUUGCCGCUCAGCACCGUUCACUUCUCCUCUUCAGAACCAAAUAUUCCAAACACACAAAAGUGUUACUUCUAUUGCUAGUUCUACUACUACUUCUUUUGUUGAUUCACGGUCCAGCUGCAGCUCCAGGCAUAGUUGUAGUAUGAAAGGAGAAAGGACACCACGUAGACCUCGCAAUUUGCAAGAAGACUACGAAUCUGUCAAACCUGCAGUUUGCUCUGGGACUGCUCUGUUCUGUGUUCAUGACCCAACGUUGGAGGACCAUUUAAACAGAAUUGCAGUUUGCUUGGGGUUUUGUCAGUUGCUGUCUCUGAGUCUCUGUGCAGAUACAGAUAUAGUGAAAGCAUUAUUAGAGUAUGUUACUUAUACUGCAAUCGAGAACUUGGUUCUUGGUGCCUCAUCAAGACAUGGCUUUAUCAGAAGAUUCAAGAUUUCAGACAUUCCAAGCAAUGUAUCAAAAGGGGCACCAGAUUUCUGUACUGUUUAUGUCAUCUCUAAAGGAAAGAUCUCUUCUGUGCGAAAUGCUUGCCGCUCAGCACCGUUCACUUCUCCUCUUCACAACCAAAUAUUCCAAACACACAAAAGUGUUACUUCUAUUGCUAGUUCUACUACUACUUCUUUCGUUGAUUCACGCUCCAGCUGCAGCUCCAGGCAUAGUUGUAGUAUGAAAGGAGAAAGGACACCACGUAGACCUCGCAAUUUGCAAGAAGACUACGAAUCUGUCAAGUUACCGUUUGAUAGAGGAGAAGACUUAUUCCAUGGAAAGUUGGGCGGCGAGCUAUUAGAAUCCGAUACUGACAUAUCAUUUGUAAGCUCUUCUGAUAGACCAAGCACAAGCAGUACUACUGAUCGCAUGUCUAUUUACAUGGAAUCGGGACAAGGAGCCUAUCAAAAUUCAACAAGCUCAGAACAUAGCAGCUUUGGGUCACUAGGAGCAGCCUCAUCUAAGCUGUUGCAGGGGGGUUUUGAAUCUACCUGCUCUCCGCUUGAAUUUUCAUCAUCCUCAAUAGAGUUAGAGAGUAAUAGAACAUCAUGUUCAUCACAAAGCAUGGAUGAGGUGGAAGCUGAAAUGAGGCGACUAAAGUUAGAGCUUAAACAAACAAUGGAGAUGUAUAGUACAGCUUGCAAAGAAGCACUUUGUGCAAAACAAAAGGCUAUGGAGCUCCAACGUUGGCGACUUGAGGAAGAACGAAGAUUAGAAGAGGCUCGGCUUUCUGAGGAAGCUGCAUUGGCAAUUGUAGAGAAGGAGAAAGCGAAGUGUACGGCAGCCAUGGAGACAACUGAAACAGCUCAAAGGAUUGCAGAAUUGGAAUCACAACGAAGAAUAAAUGUUGAAAUGAAUAUCAUUGGGGAAGCAGAGUAUAAGAAGAAUGUAUUUGAUAGAUUGGUCCCAAAUGAUGUUAGGUAUAGGAAAUACACUAUUGAGGAGAUUGAAGUAGCAACAGAUUUUUUUGAUGAAUCUCGCAAGAUUGGGGAAGGAGGCUAUGGCCCAGUUUUUAAAUGUUAUCUUGAUCAUACACCUGUUGCAGUAAAGGUUUUACGUCCAGACGCUGCUCAAGGGAGAGAGCAAUUUCAACAAGAGGUUGAAGUACUAAGCUGCAUGCGACAUCCCAACAUGGUACUACUCCUCGGAGCUUGUCCAGAAUAUGGUUGUCUAGUCUAUGAGUACAUGGCUAAUGGUAGUUUAGAAGACCGUAUCUUCAGACGGGGGAACACCCCUUCUUUGUCUUGGCAACUUAGGUUUCGAAUUGCAGCAGAGAUUGCCACAGGCAUGCUAUUUCUCCACCAGACCAAGCCAGAGCCAUUGGUGCAUCGUGACCUCAAACCUGCCAAUAUUUUGUUGGAUCACAACUACGUUAGUAAGAUUAGUGAUGUUGGAUUAGCUAGGCUUGUUCCUCCCUCUGUAGCUGACGAUGUAACACAGUAUCGAAUGACAUCAACUGCUGGAACCUUUUGCUACAUUGAUCCAGAGUAUCAACAAACUGGAAUGCUUGGUAUUAAAUCUGAUGUAUAUUCACUAGGGGUCAUGCUUUUACAACUGAUAACAGCAAAGCCAGCUAUGGGCUUGGCUCACCAAGUGGGACGGUCUAUAGAGAAAGGAACAUUUGUUGAGAUGUUAGACCCUACUGUCCCAGAUUGGCCUAUCAAAGAGGUCCUAUGUUUUGCAAAGAUAGCAGUCCAAUGUGCAGAGUUAAGGCGGAAAGACAGACCAGAUCUUGGCAAGGUUGUUAUGCCAGAGCUUGAUAGAUUAAGAGACUUUGGUGAAGAACAGAUGAGCCAUUUCUUGUUGGGUGCUAGUGGGACUGCUAGUGCAAUCCUAUCCCCCAAACAUAACGAUGUUUCCAUGGCACAGGAGGUGAUGAGCGACCCUCUGCUUAUACAAUCAGGAUGUGAGAGCUCAAAAAGUUACUCAAGCACAUCAUCAAUGACUGAAAACUUGUCAGGUAUAUAUUUGGAAAAACUAUGGACCUAA